AUGGCGAAUCCAUGGCACGACGUCGAUAUUGGUUCGAAUUCUCCUCAUGAGUUUGAUGUAGUGAUUGAAAUACCGAAAGGAUCUAAGGUUAAGUAUGAGUUGGACAAGAAAUCUGGUUGCAUGAGAGUGGAUCGAGUGUUAUAUUCAUCAGUUGUUUAUCCGGCGAAUUACGGGUUUAUUCCUCAGACAUUAGGACAGGAUAAUGACCCUUUAGAUGUGUUGGUAUUGAUGCAAGAGCCAGUUUAUCCUAGUUCGAUUAUGAAGGUUAAGCCUAUAGGUGUUAUGCAUAUGGUGGAUCAAGGGGCGCCGGAUGAAAAGAUUAUUUGCGUUUUCUUAGAUGAUCCAGCUUACUCGCAUUACAACACGGUGCAGGAACUUCCACCUCAUACUUUACGCGAGAUCGAACGGUUCUUUCGUGACUAUAAGAAAUUAGAGUGCAAAAAUGUUAAAACGCAAGGCAUGGAAGGCCCUUUGGAAGCUAAAGAAAGCAUUCUAGAUGGUGUGCAGCGCUACAAGGAAAUGCGGAAACUCAAGGCUCAUGAGGCCAUAGAUGCACAACUUGAUUAUAGUUAG